AUGAAGGACAGAUGGCAGUCGGGGGAGGAAGUUACGGAGGAAGAGGAAUUGCCGGCGCUGGAAUCGAAUGUUAACGUAGAUCCGGAGGAAUUCGGCGGGAGGAAAAAUUGGCUGUCCAGUCUGGAAACCAUGUGCACGAUGGAGGGCAAGGACGCGGUUUCUUUUAUCCUGAUUGAAAACGUCCCCACACCAGAGUCAAGACGGGAAAUCUGCUAGACAAAUCACACAGCUUUGGUUGUUUGGCAUGAUAAGUUUGUCCUCGUAGUGUGGUCCUGUUUAGCUCGCUCAGAAUCAUCACAGAUCUAGCAUAGCAUGCCGAUCCUCGCAUCACAAAUCCCAAAACACGCAAAACGAAAUGCUUCUCAUAGGGCUCCGCAUGAGAAACUUUUUUGGCAUGCAGAAUUGCACGACAACUCUGGGGUGGGAACGUUUUUACUCAGGAUAUCCUUCCCGCACCUGGAGCUCCAGGGCAACGCGACCUACAUCCUGCAGAUCGAACUAGACAGCAGCCGGUGCGUGGAGAGAACGGAGGUGCCGGUGAACAAUGCGGAAAUAGUCGCCUCUGAGGCGAAUGGAGAGGAGCCAGCGGAAGAGGAGGAAGGAGCAGCU